AUGCCUUACAAGACCACCGAGCCACGCGAUGACCACAUCCUCUGGGAGUGCAAACGUCUGAAAGACGCAGCUUCGACGACCUGCUGCGGCAAGUUCAACGGCAUGAGGGACGAAAAGUGCGGAUGGUGCAAGACCAACCGCGACAUUGGGUCCAUGGCAGUCGACAGGACCCGCAAAACUAUCGGAAAACUCGUCGAGAAGAAUCCAGACGGUCUUGACGUUUGGAAAUAUGACGAUGAUGUGACUUCUACCAAGUUUCCUUCUCGUUGGGCAGGGGAUUUUGGCAGGUUUAUGGUUGAUUUGCACAUCAAAUUCACCAUGAGUUUGAUUAGGGUGUCAUAUGUCCCAGUGGGAGGACCCUAG